UAAAUUUUAAAAACACGCCUUGAUAGAAAUUUCAAUGAAACGGCGGUGCAGUGAAUUUGAAUUUCUAUAAAAUUUAAAAUUAUCAAAAGAUAAUUACACUUUCUUUCGUGAUUUCUUGGACCACAUACGCGUGUGCGAUCGCCCCCUCGCAAAUUAUUAAGUGAAUUGCGUUCGUUUACUUAGACUGGGAGGGAGCACGUGUGUGACGUCCGGGAGGCACGGUGCUAGUGCUUGAUUUUCAAGCUUGGUUUGACUUGCAGUGCGGUCUAACUUGGCAGAAAUCAAAGAAAGCUGUCAGAGUGAGCAUUCUAACUUUAUUUCAGAGGAAAAGAACAUCAGAAGCGUUAUGUCUGAUUGGAGUCUUUCAGACCCAUUACCAUCAAAUGAGAAAGAGGUGGCCAACGAAGGCAACGAAAAUCAAGUGGACGAUCAUUUGAAUAUCCACCAAGAUUCAGAUAUAGAAGGGUAUACACCCCCGGGUACACCCCCAAAAAGAGAUAUGGAGAGAAAGUCUCAACCUACUGACUCACAAAUGGAGUGGAGAAUGGAUAAUCUGGAGAAUGCUCUCGAGAGACACUCCGAUAUACUCGACAAUCAUGCUGAAAUAAUCAGAGAUCAAACAGUAGCCAUACUCGAUAUGAAGGAAAAUAUUGACAACCUAAACACCGUCAUACAGAAACUCACAGAACACAUAGGAAAAUUAACUUCAGAGCUGGAAUCAGACAGACGCAAAUCAGACGGUCAGCCUUCAGACGACAGGCAAAAAAUUGCAGCUAAACAGGCGAUAAUCACAGACAAGUGUUAUCGCUGCAAUAAGGUGGGACACAGAGCAGCCUUUUGUCCUCUUAAAGAGUACAAUCUAUGGUACUGCUUUUAUUGCCAGGCUGUAGCUCCACACAAAGGGGAUAAUUGUCAAAAUAAGGACAAUCCCAAAGAUGGAUACAGGAAACCAAGGAGAAACUAAUUCAGAGUAAAGUUCAGAGAAUAAAAAACGCAGACGUACAGGAGGACAAGCGCCCCGAAGGGAGGGAGUGUUGGCGAGUCUUCGCGCCGCUUGCCGUCUAUAGUAGACUACAGGGCUAAUCUAGCGCCACCAUGCGGGCAGCGCUAGGUAUUCACGCGUGCUCUGCAAAGUACUCACUCUCCUGCCGACCGCUCUCGAAGCAACAGCUCCGUCGCCCGAGUUAUAUAUAUAUAAGAAGAAAAUAAAGAGAGUUAUAACAGAAUAUUAGAGCCUUGUUUAAUUACGAGUUCUCCUCACCAACCA